CGCUGCUAUCCUCCAGUGUACACGCCAUGGCACCCUUCUUGCACCUGCUUGGUCUCCUGGGCACACCCUUUUCUUUCUUGAGCUCGCUUCCUUACCGCGGACAGAGCUUUCUCUCCGAAUGGGCUAAUACAGAGUUCGACGGUGGUGUUAUCACGCCAGAGCUCUAUGCUGAGAUCGACGCGCUUCGCAAGGGCGAGGGUAUCAACGGCCUUACGGUUGGCAUUAUCCGCAAAAACGGAGAUGCAGAGUACCAGUCUUGGGGAAGAAAGUCGGAGGAUGACGACCCUAUGACACCUGACACACUCUUCCACAUGGCCUCCGUAUCGAAGGCGUUCUGUGUCGGUGCAGUCGGUAUCUUGAUGGACGAUUAUGCGCACAACAAGAAUGUCUCUCCGCUUCCGGAUGGCGUCAUCGAAUUCACCUGGCACACCAAGGUGAAGGACCUACUCCCUGAGUGGGGUUUAAUGGACGAAUGGGCAUACGAGAAGGUCAAUUUACUUGACAUUCUAUCGCACGUUUCUGGUCUACCUUCACACGACUUUUCAUACGGGCCAGACGACACGGCCGCUGACGUAGCUCGGCGAAUGAAGCUUCUCAGACCCAUAUUUGAGCCUCGGGAACAGUACUCGUACAACAACCAGAUGUUCAUGCUAGCAUCGUACCUCGUCUCAAAGUACUCCGACAUGCUUUACAACACAUUCGUCGAAGAGCGCAUCUUCGCUCCCCUCAACAUGACGUCGUCGAUGUAUGCACCCAGCAAGGCGCAGGCGUCGGGCCUGCUGACUCAGUCAUGGACCAAGGAAGGCCGCAGGAUCCCGGAGUGGUUCGGCGAUGACAGCGUCAUCGACCUCAACGCGGGCCCUGGCGGGCUGAUAACGAAUGCUAUUGACAUGUCGAAGUGGAUCCAGCUUUGGCUCAACGAGGGCGUACGUGCCAACGAAACCAUUUUGCCUUUCUCGACGUAUGAGAAGGCGACGACGGCGUACUCGGUCGUCAAAGGAGCCCCUGCUGAUGUACAUCACUCGCUGAUAGGAUAUGGGCUGGGGUGGAACCGGCUUUCGUACCUGGGGCACGAUAUGCUUUCCCAUAGAGGCGAGAUUCCUGGCUUCUCGACUCACGUCUCGUUCCUCCCUGCAGACGGGUUUGGUGUGCUGGUGUUCGCCAAUGCAGCAGAAUCGAAGGCGGUUCCGAAGAUCAUGGACCUCUUGAUUGCUGAGACGUUAGGCAUCCGCCCAAAGGAAAUCCCUUCCCAAAGCCCUGAGGCUGAUACUGCAGUCUUGAAGAAUGAUGUAUCAGGGAUUCCUGAAGAUGCUUCGAUCGCUGCACCUACGCUCGACUUGAGCGCACUAGCAGGGACAUACAGCGACCCUGGGUACGGCGCAUUCACACUCUGCGCACCCGAGAGCGACUCGUCCUACUGUACCAGCGUGCAUGAAGCCUUCAAGAUCGUAGACCUGGCCUCACCUACCAACUCCGACUCUAGCCAUAACGAAGCACCUUGCGGUCUCACAGCCGCAUGGCCGCGCACAUGGAGCACGCACGUCCGGAUGAGCCCGCUCGGGGGAGUGGAUUUCGUCAUCGAGUUCACGGCGCUGUUUCCGCACGGGUACGGCAAGGACGAGACGCCGUUCGAGAUAAACGAGGAGGGCAUGUCGAAGGGCGUUGCUACGUUUGUUAUUGGUGAAGAUGGGAAGAUCUCUGGCUUUGGAGUAUCGGGCCUUGCGAGGGGGUUGAUGGGGAGGCAGGAGGGAUCGGUGCAGAAUACGGCGGAGGUAUGGUUUGGGAGGGUUGUAUAACACUGAACGCUAUCGUUGUCAUACAUAACGGGAUUGUGGAUUCAUCAGUGGCCAAGUUAAAACAUUCAUGGGC